ACUCGCAAAAAGUGGACUGCUUAUAGAAUAGCGUAUAGUUUCAUUUGUCACUCGAUCGGAUAACAUUAACUUCCUUGAAACACGGCUUUAAAAACACAACAACAUUAUUAAUUGUCCUUUUAAAUGUGUUGCACACUUAUGUAACAAACACUCAUUGAGCGAUGGUUUAAUGUAGCUAUUUACUAGACUUGUGUAUGUUCGUUUUACAAACGGUGUACCGCUUUUAGCAACACUAACCUUAUUUAAAAAGCAUACUAUAUUUUGCAUAAAAUUAACAAGAAACAAUGAAGGAAAUAUAUAUGAUAGUCGUGGUCCUGGUGCUUCCGUCUGCACAUUCCGACAAUACUACUUCUAGUCUGCAUGUCUGUGUGGAAAGUGGUCAUGGUAUUAUUUGCACAAAGCGGAUACUCAAUUCAACACAGAAGACAUGCCUAUGGUUUUGUUGGCCAACUGAGAUAGGAUUAGACAAUAAUAAAGAUAAUUUUGUCUCUGAAUGCAGCCUACAAGUACGUAUGACGAUUAUCGCAAGCAAAUGGAAAUUAAUGUUAUCUGCUGUACGUUCGCUUCAAGAUACACCGUCUCCGGAUCAAUGCUGUGUGUCUACACCAUUUCCACCAACUACAACGAACCACAAUAUUACAACUGCUCAGACACACAGUUCGCAAGCCACUGUACAAGGACAACAAACUAGUGUUUCUCUUGGAAUUACCAUCGGAUUAGUGUGUGUUGGGUUUGCAGUCGGAGGACUAGUUUCCUGCUUGCUGUGUGCAUGUUUGCCAAAUUUGUACAAGAGCACGCCAUUUAUGUCGUUGCGUACCAAAAAGCAGGUUGACAGCGGGGUGACACCAUCAGCUACCCAAGAAACUAAGAAAGCCGAAUUGGAGGGGCAGUGGCCGAAAAACGAUCAACAGGUCUCGCAUGUAUGUGACGGCAUGAACAUAUCACUGUCAAAUGAAAGACAACGUGUAUUAAGAAAAAAGUCCAAGGAAAUUAAUUCAUUAGACAACACUAACUCAAUUACAUCACCAGUUUACAACGAAAUCUCUGACGAAAGUAUUCAGUCUUUCGCUGUCAAAGAUCACAAUGAUGCUUAUCAAACGUUAAAGGCUCGCCGUUCGGAAAACAGUUAUCAGUAUCUUGAAAAGCCCGACAAUAGUGUCAAUAAUUCGAGUCCAGAUGGUCAAGGAGAACUUGGAGAAGACGGUGAUGAAUCAGCAAAACACACUUACUAUACUUUGAAUCCAUUCAAUGUGUGUUCUGAUGUUAAUCCUAAGUAGCAGACGACACUGAUCGUACAGCGCGUGCAUGUGUGCAUUUAACUAAGAGUCCUUCUGUAAGUGACGAGACAGAGUGUGCGACUCAGCAUUAAUAUUUCGUUCCGCAAAGUUAAGCAUGAUUUUAUAAGAGAAUAUUUUUUUAAACAGAAAUGGCUUGCAAAAAGUUUAAUAAACAUUUCAUCUCAUUAGUGUACGCUGUAUGUUAAUUAUCUAUAACGGACUCAUUUUUAUCUUUAAUUUAUGCGCUUUUUUAUUAACUGUUUGAAAAAAAAACACUAGUUCUAUAGAUCCCUGGAAAUAAUAAUGAACAGUGGUUAUA